UAUCCAUAUAGUGAGCCAACAGUAAUCCAGUGCCAGAUAUCGCCGCCGGCGUCGCCCGAGAACCAGACGAAACACUCGUAUCAGACAAACACUAAUUACAACACCAAUAGUAAUGUUCCCAAAAUUGCCGUCCAUUCCUCCGUAGAAAAUACUCGCAAACACUACCCAACGGUAGCGCCUGUCAUACCUCAACACAGCCAACAACAUAGCUAUACACCCGCACCGCCCGUUCCCUAUAUCAGAGGUAUAGUAACACCGCCGGCGUCGCCGCACGUAGACAUUCAACACUACACAAACUCGAGUCCAUAUCAUUCAUCGCAACACACGUUACCGCCGGUCAACACAAUGCCGGCCAACACAGCGGCGCCAGUCGUCGCACCGAAAUCAAGGCGCGGACGGCGCGCCACCGGCCGUAAGAAAGUCACUCAUCACUCGUGCUCUUACGACGGCUGUACGAAGACCUAUACGAAGAGCUCACACCUGAAGGCCCACCUGAGGACACAUACGGGUGAAAAGCCCUAUCAGUGCAAUUGGAAGGGCUGCGGCUGGAAGUUCGCCCGAUCUGAUGAACUG